AUGAGUCUCCAGCCUCUAUCUAGUGACAGGACCAUUGUUCACGCUCACCACCCUCCUCCUUACGAGAUUUAUCACAUAUUCUCUCCAGAUCACCCAUUUUUACCUGGUGCACCAGUUACAAAACGAAUAUUCAAAGAUUUACAUCAAGGAGUCUUUGGUGAGCUGCUCAUACGAGGCUUCAAUUUAAACCCCAUUAUCUUGAACGCUGAGGCAAGUCACCACUUCCAUUCAGUGGUUCUCAGAAACAAUUGCAAUGUCCAACAACAGGAAUCCCCAGUGGUCUUUUCCUUGCAGUACAAGAUGGGAAUAUGUGGACCAAUGCGACUAUUUUCAUUAUGGAAAAAAUGCUGCUUCAGUUUCCUCGUUCAAUCAAACCUCCUGGACCCGGUUACACAUACUUUCAGCGCGGUGAUUUCAGACAGAGUCACACUUGCUAGGCAUGAUGAUAAUAAAUACAAAUGGCUCCAUACCCACGAUUCACAUAUGAAACUCCCUCCCUCUGGGCCUUAUGGCAGAAUUCCUCGCAAAUUAUUGUAUCAACGCAAUUUGACACGAAAUUAUCACCUGUCGCUCCACACGAGUGCUGACUUGCGGACCAGGGCUGAAAAACCUCAGCUGCAGGAUGCAUUCGGCGCCGAAUGGGACUGGGACAUUAUUGAGAGAUUUGAUGGUUGCUAUAGUUCCAACUUGGUGAACAAUGAGGAGACAACGAGAUUCUUUGAUGACAUGACCUCAAUGAUGAGUCAACUGAUCGCUAGUUGGGAUCACAUUGCCCCACAGAUUAGGGAUAGCAUAAUACUUGUAAUGUAA